CCCCUUCCCUCUCCCCGCGGCGCGGCCGGGGCCGCUCGGGCGCCGCCAUGCGAGGGCAGCAGCGGGGCGCUGCGCGGUGCCGGCCGACAAGAUGGCGGCUCCCAUGGAGCUGAGCUGCUGGGGAGGCGACUGGGGGCUGCCGUCCCUGCACCCGGAGUCUCUGACCGUCAUGGCUUAUGCUAAAUUUUCUGGUGCUCCUCUGACAGUGAAUACUAUAAAUAACUCUUGGAGAACUCCAAAAGAAAAUGUACCAGUCCUGGUAUCAGAAGACAUUGUCAUUUCCCAGCCAGCAAAAAUACUAAACUUCUUAAGGAAGCAGAAAUACAAUGCUGAUUAUGAAUUGUCUGCAAAACAAGGAGCUGACACACUGGCUUAUAUUGCACUACUUGAAGAGAAACUGCUUCCUGCUCUGCUGCACACGUUUUGGGUUGAGGCUGAGAAUUACUGCAGUGUAACAAAGCCAUGGUUUGCCUCGAGGAUUCCCUUCCCUCUGAGUUUGUAUCUGCCUGGAAAGAUGUCCAGGGAAGCUCUUAACAGGAUCUUGCUGACCAAGGGGGGACCUCCAUUGUACAGUCUCACUGAAGUGGAAGCACAGAUAUACAGGGAUGCCAAGGAAUGCCUAAAUCUCCUGUCUAAGAGGUUGGGAACAUCUCAGUUUUUCUUUGGAAAUAUGCCUACUACCCUGGAUGCCUUUGUAUUCGGUUUUCUUGCACCAGUUUAUAAAGUGUGCUUCCCCAGAGUACAAUUACAAGAACAUUUGAAACAGCUUCCCAACCUGUGUCGGUUCUGUGAUGAUAUUUUAACGUGCUACUUUAGGUUAACUGUCUCAGGCCAGUCUCCAUCUGGACAGGAUACCGCAGAUGCUAAUCUGCAGAAACUCACACAGCUUGUAAAUAAGGAAUCCAACUUGAUUGAAAAGAUCCGGCUCUCAUUAUUUCUCUGCAGAUGGAUGACAACCUUCGUAAGAGUCCACAGCACCCCCCUCGAAAGCUUACAACACUGAAGCUUGCUGCAGGUGGAGAAGAAAGUCCAUUGAAUCGAUUGUCACCUUGACAGCUCUUGUUGCCCAUGCACAUGUGUUCGCCUUCAACUCUUCUGAACUUCACAGCAAUUUUUUCACGAGUGUGGUUUUGCAUGGGAGGAAUCUACUCGUGGGUACAAGUAGGGAAGAAAUACAGCUUUGCAAUGUACUGUCUACCUGUUAUUUUAAGAAAAUUAGUAGUUCAAGCUGACCACACACUAAGCUGAGGUUAAAGUAAAGUAUUAAACACGGGGCUUAUUCCUGCACAUGUUAAAGUUAUUUUGUACAGCAGAUUUUUGUCUUUAGCCUAGCAGAAAUGCUGACCAAAAGUUAAAAUUCUCUUUUUAUGGAAUUCCAAUAUGUUUAUGGAUUGUUCACUUUUGUUUUAGUUUAUGGCUUUUGAUAUUACUGUAAUCAUAUUACUGUGUGUGAGUGGAUGUAUACUUUUUUAUCUUCCUAAAAAUUACAAAGUCCAGUUGUAAAAUUGGUGAAAAGACUGCAAGAGAAGGAGGUGUUGCCUUUCUCAGCAGAUGAGAAAUGAAAAGCAAUGAGAGGAAGUUAAAUAUUUUUUCUUGUGCUUUCAUGAACACUCUUGUGUUUUAAGGGUGUUUGUAUUUUUGAAAGCUUGUCAAGUUGUGCAUAGAGGGGACAUGUCGAGAAGUGUGUGCCAUGGGGAGUACAGUGAGGCACAAUCUGCACGUUUCACAGAUACCUGGUAUUAGUCCUGUGUGAAACAGGCUUAACCUGUGUGCGGGAUAAUACCACAGGCUACAAAACCUUAAGUCAAAAUUGCAGUGGGCUGGUAGUGAGAUGGAAAGGUUUGAUUUGGGUGAGAGACUUGACUAAGUGACUAGUACAGUGUGGCUCUGUACUGAAAUGAACUAAUUAGGAGUUUGUAAAAAAAAAAAGUUGAUGUAGGCUUUUUAAUUUGUCACAGAUGCCUCUAAUUAAUUUUGUCUUACUUUUUAUAAGCACUACAGUUCACUGAAAAGCUGAAAUAUAAGACAUCUAAAUUCUUAUUUGUUGGCAGUCUAGUUCAAAGUUCUUUUGUUGCUGCAAAUUGUAAUACACUGCAGCACGUAUUUCUUCUGUUUAAUUGAGGGACUUAAGUCUCAUUACACUUCCUCUUAGUAGAAGCCUUGCCUGUUCUAGGGACCUAAGCAAUUCCGUCACAAGAGAUCUGCUGUAAUUCUUGUUGGUAAUGUACCGCUAGGUGCUCCAUGAGUGGUGUAAACAGAAUUAGUCAAGGGGAUUGACCACAAUGGCAGCACUUUGGGUACAGAAUUCUGAUGAUUGUAUGUAUAGGAUGAGUUCUGUUUUUUUUUUUUUUUUUUUUUUUUUUUUUUUCCUAGCAAAAUCAAGGUAGUCUUUCAGCUUCCCUUCAUUACUAGUCACAUUUGAGAUACGAAGGUAAAUUAUUUAAUGUUUAUACAGACAAGACUGUAGAUUGUGUACAUACUGUACUUUCAGACUCUAUUUAAGGAAUGUAAUAAGAUUAUCUUUAGCAUUUCCUAAUUACACCUAAAAUGUUGGGUGUCUAAUAAGCACUUUAAGGUUCAAGCUUUUGCUCUUACUAGAAUACUUUUUUGUGAUUUUGAAAUGAAUCUACUUCAGACUCAUGAUAAUUGAAUAAACUGACUAUCUAGUAAGUGUAAAAGUAAGUCAAAUGUUUAAAAUUUUUACUGCCUGUAUCUUGACAAGGUUUAAAUGAGAUCAAGUCACAUUGCCUUUCAGAAUCUUUUAUUUAUGAACACAGCUAUGGAUAGCAUUCCUUAGUUGCUUUUGUGAAUAUGUACACUCAGUCUUUGAAAUCUUUGUAAAAAGGUCAUUGUUCCAAGAUUAAAAUUUUAGACUUUUACUGGA